UGUGAAUUCGAGAGGUUCCAUGGUAAAGAAGACUGAAGAGAGGAUCGAGCCCGGGGGAUUCCGUAGCCGUCAGUGUCUAAAAGGUAUGCGAUUUGGCGAACUGUACCCCGAAGGCAUUUCACCAUGACCUACCCACACGAAAAAAAAGAAAGACAGCAGCAGCGACAGCGGUAGCGCAUGCCCCACCACCCCAACGCCCAACACCAGCCCAGCCCACCAAAAACAAAGCAAAGCAAGCAAGCAAUCCCACCCCGCACUCCUCUCCCCACACACAACGCACUACCACCAGAUCCCGGUCCCCCACCCCCAAGCCAACGACCGUCUCUUCCUGCCGCCACCCCCUCCUUCACCCUCCCUCCUCGCACCCCCUUCCUGCUCCCCCCUUCGCCUCUCGCCGCCCCAUCCGCGCUCUCCUGCAGCUGCGGGCGCACCGCCCCUCGCUGCUGUCGCGGCGCGCUCGAUGAUGCGCCGUGCUGCUGUUUGCGUGGGGUGGUGCGAGAAGAAGGCGCGGUGCAUGGUCGGUUGUGGUGCGCUGUGGUUGCGCUGAAGUGCUGAUGCGCUUUGGUGGUUUAGGUUUGGAUUUGGAUUUAGAUUUGGAUUCGGAAGGCUCUGUGUGUGUUUUUGUGAUGUCGGGUCGUGGGUGGUAUAGGUUGUUGGUUGGCGAGUUGGAGGCUAAGGUAGGUAGGUGGCUGAUAGCUGGUAGGUAUAAUGUAGGCAGGCAAUCCACGGUACAGUCCCGUAGAUAUGUAGACAGACACUGUAGCCCAGUCGCAGUUGCGUCGCCCGGUCCGCUCCGAUCCAGCAGAACCAGCGGUAGCGGUACAAGGUAGCGAAGCCCCAGCUCUUUGACGUUCUUUAUCCAGCAGUGGCUGUUCGUUCGUUCGGUUGAUCGUUCCCAACUCUUCCCACGCACGUAGGUAGUGCCUAGGUAGGCACGAG